CACGUAUCAACAUUUUGGACGCAUCGAGACUCUUCCUUCAAUCCUACGUAAAAGGAAGUAUUGAUGUGCAAUAUGGCAGCGAUGUGGACGUUGUUGAAAGUUUUUCUGACAGUUUUCUGUUUAAGCCUUAUUCAGAAUUCAUUUGCUGUGCAGAAGAAUAAGCAGGAUUUGUUGACUGACAAGGUACAACAGAUGACAGAAUGGAACAACAAGAAAUCAGUUAUCAAGUUUAAUGGAGAUAAAUUUAAACAGUAUGUCAGAACUGCACCUAGGAAUUAUUCAGUUAUCGUCAUGUUAACUGCUCUACAGCCUAAAAGACAGUGUUCUGUAUGCAAACAAGCUAAUGAAGAGUAUGUCAUCCUGGCUAAUUCUUGGAGGUACUCCCAGCAGUACUCUAACAAAUUAUUUUUCGCUAUGGUGGAUUAUGAUGAUGGUGCAGAUGUCUUUUCACAGCUAAAGAUGAACACCGCUCCAGUAUUUAUGCACUUCCCAGAGAAAGGAAAAACAAAGAAAGGAGACACUUUGGAUAUUAACAGAGUAGGAUUUUCUGCAGAAGCCAUUUCUAAAUGGGUACAAGAGAGAACUGAUGUGCAGAUCAGAAUAUUCCGUCCUCCUAACUAUUCAGGGACACUUGCUUUAGCAUUGCUAUUUGCCUUGAUUGGAGGAUUGCUGUAUUUAAAGAGAAACAAUUUAGAAUUUAUCUACAACAAAACAUUUUGGGGAAUCGGUGCACUGGUUAUAAUUUUCGCCAUGACAUCAGGACAGAUGUGGAACCAUAUCAGAGGACCUCCUGUAAUGCAUAAAAAUCCACAAACUGGUCAGAUUAAUUACAUACAUGGUAGUAGUCAAGGACAAUUUGUUGCAGAAACAUAUAUAGUAUUUUUAUUGAAUGCAGCAGUUGUUGGAGGGUUUAUUAUGUUGAAUGAAGCUAAUAAUAUCAAAGGAGACAGUGGAAAAAGAAGAAUACUAGCAUUAGUUGGCCUAGGACUAGUUGCCUUCUUCUUUAGUUUACUGUUAUCUGUGUUUCGUUCCAAAUAUCAAGGAUAUCCUUACAGCUUUUUAUUCAAGUAGAUGAUUAGAAGAAUGCAAUGAUGAUGUUUAUGUGUGGAUGUCGUGAAGAUGCAAUCAAGGACUGCCAAGGACAUUUUAUUAAAAUUUAUAUUGUUGAAAGCUAGAAUAUGAAAGUUGACUGACAGUUUGUCUACAAAAGCUGUUAAUUUAUUUACAGUACUGUACAUCCACAGUUUAGCCUUGUACGCAGAAAAUUAUUGGAUGAAUGGUGUCUUCACAGUUAUCAAUUAAAUAAUGUAUGCUAUUGCUCCUUUUUUGGCCCCUUAUAUUUGGAAAUCACAAAAUAUUAUGAAUCAAUCAAAUGACAUUCAGAUAAGUAAAAAAGACAGUAAUUUUAUUUUAAGUAAUAAAACUCAAAAAUAGUCGGUCAGGCAUUAAUAAAUUCUUUUGAGAAUAUUUGUCUUAUAUAUUUAGUUGAAUCCACAAAAUUAUUUCUUGAUUUUCUAGAAAAACUGCAAAAACUACUUUCCUCUAGAAAAUGAGUGAAAUGAAAUAUAUUUUAGCCACAAGAAUUUGCAUUGCAAAGUUUUAAUGUGAUGUUGUUGUUUCUAUAUGAUUUAACCCAAAACUGUUUGUAUUCUGUAAUUGUGGUAAUUUUGUCAUAACAUUUUUAUCAUCACAGAUGACAUUUGUUUGGUAGUAUCAUAUUCAUUUAUCAAUGAAAUUAACAUAGUUUUAAAAGUGUUGGAAGAAAUGUACUCCCUUUGAAAUAUCAAGGCCAGAUAAAGAUCUUGAUCUCCUUCAUUGAUUUUAUAGUGUACACACAAUUAUGGAUUAGAAAAGGAUUUAAAUAAUCCAAGAAAAGGAUGAGCUUUCCAAUGUGAAUUUAGAAAAAUAUUAUUUAGUUUGAAUAUUGGUUCUAUCGAUUUUGUUUUAACAUUUGAAAGGGCAAAGAUUGAAAAUUGUAAUUAUUGUUAAUUGUUGUCAGGUUUAUACAUUGAAUUAAUGGGAGAUAUCUUUUUUAAUAAAAAUUAA